AUGCCUGGGCUUCCGCUUGCUACUUCCCUUCCUCCUCGUCCUCACCUCCUCCUCACCUCCUCUCCUCUUCCUCACCUCCUCCUCUCCUCUUACUCACCUCCUCCUCUCCUCUUACGCACCUCCUCCUCUCCUCUUACUCACCUCCUCCUCUUGCUCACCUCUCUUGCUCACCGCCCGUCCUCACCUCUCUUGCUUGUGUAUCAUCAGAUGGUGGUGGUGGGGGAUGACUGUGCGCUGCCGCCGCCUCGUGGGAUUGCCGGGAGAAGAGGCCUGGCCGGGACGGUCUUUGUGCACAAGGUGGCAGGAGCAGCUGCAGAGGAGGGCAAGUCACUCGCUGACGUGGCAGCAGAGGUUCGCCAGGUGGCAGGUGGGGACUGGAUUAGGAUAUGUUGCGGGUUAGGCCUGGUGGGAACCAUGGGGGCCUGGUGGGCACCAUGGGGGUGGGCCUCUCUGUCUGCACCGUGCCGGGGGGGUUCCCGUCGGAUCGUCCGCCUUUCUUUUCCGCCCUCUCCCCCCUUCCAACAUGCUCGGUGCUGCCUGUGUGUCGCCCAUACCACAGGCCUGGUGGGCACCAUGGGGGUGGGCCUCUCUGUCUGCACCGUGCCGGGAGGCUUCCCCUCCGAUCGGCUCCCUGCCACCAAGAUGGAACUCGGGCUGGGCAUUCAUGGCGAGCCAGGAGCAGCAGUGGUGGACAUGCAGCCAGUGGAUGUCGUCGUCUCCCACAUGCUCAAAACCAUCAACAACCCCGACACGGGCUACAUGCCUCUCAAGCUCGGCAGCAGAGUAGCUCUCAUGGUCAACAGCCAUGAUCAUCAUGCGCUGUGCUCCCCUUCUUCUCUCUGCUCCCCCCACCCCCGACUCCUCCCCCCACCCCCGACUCCUCCCCCCACCCCCACCCCCGACUCCUCCCCCCACCCCCGACUCCUCCCCCCACCCCCGACUCCUCCCCCCACCCCCGACUCCUCCCCCCACCCCCGACUCCUCCCCCCACCCCCGACUCCUCCCCCCACCCCCGACUCCUCCCCCCACCCGCCCCCUCUCCACCGCCUCCUCCCGCCCGCCCUCCCUCCCCCUUCCAGCCUGGGCGCGACACCAGCCAUGGAGGUCAUGAUUGCGGCUGGCAAGGCUGUAGCGCAACUACAGGUGAAGCAUGGGCUGGCAGUGGAGCGGGUGUAUGCAGGCCACUUCAUGACGUCACUCGACAUGUCAGUGCUCAAGGUGGACGAUCAAGUGCUGCAGCGACUAGACGCCCCAACCCUCGCCCCUGCAUGGCCCAACGCAUGCCAAGGGCGUGAGAGCGAGGCGAGUGUGUGUGCUACCCUCGUCAAGGCACUCGUCAAGGCACUCGUCAAGGCACUCGUCAAGGCACUCGUCAAGGCACUCGUCAAGGCACUCGUCAAGGCACUCGUCAAGGCACUCGUCAAGGCACUCGUCAAGGCACUCGUCAAGGCACUCGUCAAGGCACUCGUCAAGGCACUCGUCAAGGCACUCGUCAAGGCACUCGUCAAGGCACUCGUCAAGGCACUCGUCAAGGCACUCGUCAAGGCACUCGUCAAGGCACUCGUCAAGGCCCUCGUCAAGGCACUCGUCAAGGCACUCGUCAAGGCACUCGUCAAGGCACUCGUCAAGGCACUCGUCAAGGCACUCGUCAAGGCACUCGUCAAGGCACUCGUCAAGGCACUCGUCAAGGCACUCGUCAAGGCACUCGUCAAGGCACUCGUCAAGGCACUCGUCAAGGCACUCGUCAAGGCACUCGUCAAGGCACUCGUCAAGGCACUCCUCAAGGCACUCCUCAAGGCACUCCUCAAGGCACUCCUCAAGGCACUCCUCAAGGCACUCCUCAAGGCACUCCUCAAGGCACUCGUCAAGGCACUCGUCAAGGCACUCGUCAAGGCACUCGUCAAGGCACUCGUCAAGGCACUCCUCAAGGCACUCCUCAAGGCACUCCUCAAGGCACUCCUCAAGGCACUCCUCAAGGCACUCCUCAAGGCACUCCUCAAGGCACUCCUCAAGGCACUCCUCAAGGCACUCCUCAAGGCACUCGUCAAGGCACUCGUCAAGGCACUCGUCAAGGCACUCCUCAAGGCACUCCUCAAGGCACUCGUCAAGGCACUCGUCAAGGCACUCGUCAAGGCACUCCUCAAGGCACUCCUCAAGGCACUCCUCAAGGCACUCCUCAAGGCACUCCUCAAGGCACUCCUCAAGGCACUCCUCAAGGCACUCCUCAAGGCACUCCUCAAGGCACUCCUCAAGGCACUCCUCAAGGCACUCCUCCGCUCUGGCUCCUCCCGUCCUUCCGCAUCCAGGUGCGCGACCAGCCACCAAGGUGCCAGUGCCUCUCCCCCCGGCCCCGCCAGGCUCUCAACCUCAUGUGAGCGUCCAAAGGAGUUAACAGAGGAGGGGCGGUGCCUGGAGCGGUGCAUCCGUGGUGGGGGUGGUGGGGCGCUCAGGCCGUGCUUGACAUGUGAGCGUCCAAAGGAACUAACAGAAGAGGGGCGGUGCCUAGAGCGGUGCAUCCGAGGGGGCGCUCAGGCCGUGCUAGCACUGGCAGCGGACCUGAAUGCAUGGGAUGCCAAGAUCGGUGAUGGGGACUGCGGCAGCACGAUGAGUCGCGGGGCCAAGGCAGUCCUCGACGCCCUCGCCUCAAGAUACCCGCUUAAUGAUGCACCAGCAACAGUGAGGGAGAUGGGCGCGAGUGUGCGCUGCUCCAUGGGGGGGACAAGUGGAGUCAUAUACGACAUCUUCUGCCGGUCAGCGUAUGUUAAGCUCAGGGAGCUCGCAGGGCCAGCAGCACAGCCCACUCCUGCCCACUGUCUGUCCUCUCCCUCCCUCCUCUCGCUCCUCGCCCUCCCCUCCCUCUUCUCUCUCCCCUCCCUCCUCUCCCUCCUCUCUUUCCUCUCCCUCCUCUUCCUUCUCUCGCGGGCGGCGGCAUUUGAGGCGGCAGUGGCAGCGGUGAGUCUGUACGGCGGCGCUCAAGCGGGCUACCGCACCAUGCUGGAUGCUCUGCUGCCCGCCGCUGCCACUCUCUCUCGCAGUGUCAAGGCAGGGGAGUCUGCAGCGGCAGCGCUGGCUGCUGCUGCUCAGGCUGCUGCUGCAGGAGCCGAGUCAACCAAGUCAAUGCCAGCACUGACUGUAGACCGUUUAACACACGAGCGGCGGCUGCGGGUGAGAAGAAGUCAGGCGAAGGAGGAGGAUGAGGAGGAGGAGGAGGAGGAGGAGGAGGAGGAGGAGGAGGAAGAGGAGGAGGAGGAGGAGGAGGAGGAGGAGGAGGAGGAGGAGGAGGAGGAGGAGGAGGAGGAGGAGGAGGAGGAGGAGGAGGAGGAGGAGGAGGAGGAGGAGGAGGAGGAGGAGGAGGAGGAGGAGGAGGAGGAGGAUCGCCCCUUUUCCAACAGAAAGCGCUUGGAGUCCUCCCCUCCCUCCACUCACCCUCGCAGCAGCCGCCACUGCUUUUCCCCCUGCACGCCCCCCACUUGUUCCCCGGCCGUCCCUCACGCCCCCUCCGUCGUCUCCCCCACUCGAUCCACCCCUCAUGCCCCAUUUCUUCACACUCCCCCCAUUGCGCGCCCCACUCGCUCAACCACUCUCCCUCACACGCCAUCCCCCCCCUCCUCUGCUGCGCCGCCCGCUCGCUCGCUCCGCGGAACCUUCCGGCGGCUGCUCCAGCGCUGCCAGCUCUCGAAUGACGUGGCACUGCAGGCGCUGGAGGGUCGGCUGCAGCUGCUGGACGCGCACAGGGCGCUCAGCAGUGUGCGGUGCCAGCAGUUCGUGACCGCAUUCGAGGGGCCUCAGAGAAUGAGUGCGUUCGAGGGGCCUCAGAGAAUGAGUGCGUUCGAGGGGCCUCAAAGAAUGGUGGAGGCCGAGUCAAUGCACAGGGCGCUCAGCAGCGUGCGGUGCCAGCAGUUCGUGACGGCGUUCGAGGGGCUUCAGAGAGUGGCGGCGUUUGAGGGCUCUCAGAGGGUGACAGCGUUUGAGGGGGCACACAGGGAGCUCAGCAGGACACGAUUGACCACCUCAGAGUCAUGGGGUGAUGAUGCUGCUGCUGCUGCUGAUGGUGGUGCUGAUGGUGUUGCUGAUGACGCUGAUGGUGCUGUCAUGGGAGCCGUGCCCGUGGCUCUUGAGGUGCGAGAACCAGGUGCUGGAGGGCGGACUGAGGCAGAUUUCGCCGACGAGAAUUCCAGCGAUGGGGAUUCCACUGGAGCGGGGCAGUGCACGCCGCAUGCGCGUUCCUGGAUGGCUGAUCUGGCAUAUUAUAAUGAACCCAGAAGGUCCAAUUCGCUCCAGCCAACUCCUUCACUCACUUCAACCUGCUCUCUCGCCUCAACCCCAUCUUUUACUUCCACUCCCUCCCGUGGCUUCUGCUCCCUCAACUCAACUCCCUCUCUGGACUCAACUCCCUCUUACACCUCCAACGUUCAUUCCAUCCCGUCAAGGAGGCGAAGCUUCUCUGGUGCAGCAGAGAGGCUUCCGAGAAACCUAGGGGGUUGUAGAUGUAGUAGUGCCUCUGCUUGUAUAAAUGGUGCAGCUAGCACCAGGUAG